AUGUCGAGCAUCACGACGACCGUCGGAAAUCAAGCGAAGUAUUUGGUGAGUACUACUUCCAUCAGAUAAAUGCGGAUGCUCCGUGAAUUCAUUUUCAAACCUCACUAGAAAUAUACAAAUAAGGAAAAAAUUGAAAAAGAAUGAUGAUUUACACUAAGUUCUGUCGAUUUAAAUAAGAGCGUACAAGUUUUAAUGAAUUCUGACCGGACCCGAUAGCUGCGUGAAAAUAUUAUUUAAGAGCAAAAUACUUUAAACUACGCAACCUCAGUCUCUCAAAAAGCUUCAAAGAUGUAUUGAUACUUACGAAAUAAAAGGCAAGGAAAACCAUAGCUUUAGCAGGUUAACUGGAAAAAAAUCUCUAGAAAAGUGUUACAGUGUCCUGCGGAAACGUUCAGUUUCGAGUGCGCGGUCUACAUGUUCGUCGUCGGAGUGGCACUCUUUUGCGUGAAGUACAAAACGUAAACUCAUUUUAGAGCUUAUCACCACUGUUGGAGAAUUCAGAGUCGGUCGCUACAGUAGGUACACAGCUCCUUUCAUGUUCAUCAUGCUGGGAACUCUCGAGACCUUCUACUUGUUCUGCGUCCUCGAUACUGUCUUGAAACAAUGCAUCGCCUUCUUCGAUCCCAUUUGUAUGUUUUUCAAAACUUCUGGUAAAAGUUUGUGGACAAGCAUUAAAUUUGCAGGCUACCAUGCGUCGGCCAUUGCUAUCCCGAUCAUGGUAAAAGUCAACCAGUUAUCGAUUCUCAUAUCUAUUUUCAGUUCUACGGACCCGGAGUUAUGACUUACGUCUUCUUGGUCACCAUCGCCUUCGAGAUCCUGCUGUUCGCCGUGUUCUACAAAGAGAUUUCGAUGAAGACUCACGAGAAGCUGCAAAACGAAGACAUCUGA